AAUGACAUCAGAAGACGACGCAGCUAAGUUGCGUUAAGCCAGCGGCAUCCGGCGCAACCCAUGCAUUCAACACGUCAGCUCCAGGCUCGAGAUGCUCCCCAUCUUCUAUCCGGAGCCAUCCUGAGCUCAAACUACCGUUUCUCAUCCUCAUCAUCAACCCAGCAUCGCGAACUAUUGACCUUGCAAAUCUCAAAGAGAUCAACUCAAUCGCGCAGCGUGAUCGCAACCAGCCAUGGCCGCCCAAGAUAAGCACUGGGCUCAAGCCUAUGUCAACGACCCUCUCAAUGCGCCCGAGCCGUUCCAAGAGGAUGGACCGGGCACCCACUUCGGCAACUCCCUCGCUUCCGAUCCUAAGCAGACAAGCAGCUAUCCGACGCCGCCGGACUCAGCGGGCAGAGACAGGAUCACGAGCUUCGGGUCCAACAAUCCGUUCCUCAGCUCUCUGGACGUCAAGAAGCCGUCGACUCGGGCCCGCGCAAGUAGCGACGUUUCCGGAAGGCUCCAGAAGACGCUGCCGUCGUACUCAAGCCACCACCGCAGCAGCCAGUAUCGCAAGGAGGCCUUUGGGAGCUAUGCGCCCGAGCGGCCUCGCAGCGCAGGUCACUCGCGCAACGUGAGCAACGCGUCCAACAGCAGCACGCUCAGCCGGGGCAAUUCGCUCAACCAGCGCCCGCUGGAGUUUGCUCGCGACGAGGCGAAGAUCGCACAUCGCUCUCCACACCUGAAAAAGCGCCAUCUCCCCGGCCCCGACCAGAUCGACAGGCUCGACGUGGUGAGCUACCACCAUGAGGGACCCUACGACGCCACUUUGCUGGCUCGCAACAGGAGCUGGGAGACCAGUCCCCUGGCCGCGGUCGCGGAUUCGAACGCCGAGGCGCUGAAGGCCACACCGCGGGAGAACAUCAUCGACAGCAUCGAACGCCACCGUCCGCUUGUCGGAACCGCCACCAUCGCCCCGGGCGAGACGGAUCGCUUCGGCAGGCGCUACGACUACAAGGAGGGGGACAACAUGAUGAUCGUCGACGGGGGGAACUACAAACGCUGGCCUGGCGUGGUACGUUUGACACCUUUCUCCACCGCACUCUGCCUACGCUACACGCAUCUCAUCUGCACAGCAGCCUGACGCAAACAUGCACGUAGGACUACCUGCCCGAGGACUACAAGGGCAAAGGCGAGCCCUCGUUCUCCAUCGACAGAGCGCUCAAAGAGCACAAGGCGCGGCAGAAGGCCGCGAGCGUCUCCGAGGGCGACGGCACCGGCAAGGCCGAAACCAGCGGCAUAGAGAUGCAGGGCGGCGCCGUCGACGAGGUGGGCGUGCGUCGCAGCGGCAGCAAGCGCGCGAGCCUCGACGGCAUCAAGCGACGGCUCGGCAGCCUGAGGAAGAAACACCACAACAGCAGUCCGAGUCCGCCUUGAGCCGGAGAGAGAGCCCGCCAAACAAUCAGAAGACAAACUGGGCCUAGCCUUUGCCUCCGCCGCGAGCUUUGCGAAGUGGAAAAGGCAAAUAACGAAAAAGAAAAAAAAAAUACUACACAGUAUACACCCACGCACACACACACACACAGACGACGGACGAAAUGGUUACGGUUUAAUGCGGGCCGCCAGCACAGGUCCAGAAUAGAUGUCUUAACAGCUUUUUGAACACAAACGAACAAAGCUCGCCAUUCUUUACGCUUUUAUUUUUUUGGCUCUGUUUCUGUUAUCUUCUUCGCACGCUCGGUUACGGCACGUAUAUAUGUGGAAUUCGAUUAGACGAGGAGUUCUCUUGGGUCGGUAUCUUGUGUGAAAGUGACGCACCUGGGCGUUGGGCAAAGGAGAUGAAUAACCGUCCCCGCCACCCUUUCCCUCUUCUGUACAUGAAAUAACGAAAUCGUCGCGUCCACAAAUUUACGAUCACUCAUGAACCUUGACAAAGAUUGCUCGUUUUUCACCAGUAAUUUUCGUGCCUUGGUGAUGUUUUUGUGCCUUUUGUAGGUGGCAAAGACAAAGGGGUCAUAAAAUCUUCCUGUCAAGGUUUAAGAAAGAUUCACAUGUGAUGGAAGGUUGCGUGAUGUGCAUGAGAUGACAUUUAACUUCUUCUGUGGCAUUCACACACACAUACUUUAAGCUCUUUGCUAGAUCACACAAAUCAUUCGAG